UCGUCAGAGAGUACAAAUCAAAUUUGGCGUGUCUAGUUGACAUCACUUCAUUUUUGGCGACGUUUAAAAUUUCUUCAGUCGAAUUUUCAAAAGACCCCCGAAAAACUGAUUAUGUUGCGUCAGGACCUCGAUGAAGAAGAUCUCCGAACAGAGAUUUACAGUUUGCGCAAACACAUAGCCCGCGUUUGUAGUGAAAAUCAAAUUUUGAAAGUGAAAAUACGGAAAUUACAGGACGAGAUGAUCAAACGGGAUAAGCAACUCGAUGAGUUCCUCAGUUCGAAAAGGUUCUUUGGUUUCUCUAAGAAUUUGCAAGAUAAGGGAGCAUCUGUGCUGAUGAACCUGAAAGUGAAGAAUGAUAAAAUGGAGCAAUCGCUCUUAGAGAAAGAUAUGAUGAUAAAAAGAUUGCAGAACACGCUUCAAACUGCGAAACUGUACAAUGCGAACUCAUUGAACAGAAAAUUAGCAUCAAAAGGUGUUGAAUGCACACUUUUGAACGAUAACAAGUUCGAGUACAGAAAGAAAGGCUCGAUGAACACAAAAAUUGAGCUUCAUAUGCCCACCUUCGAUAUUGGCGAUUGCGAAUCUGCCGAGGAAAUUUACGAUAGCCGAAGAGAUGUUGCUAAAAUGAACAAGAAGAACGCGAAUUCGGUAGAAUCCAAAUUCCUCCUUGACAUCAAUUUGGACCUGAAGCAGACGACAAAACCUACGUACUGUUCCGAAACAAGAUUUCAAAGUCGUAGCGCAUCUUAUCACAUGGAAGCCAAAGGAUCGAAUUCCGAAGGAAUUAUAGAGAAAUUUUCAGAGGAAUACAUACCUGUGGAAAGUGAAAGGAAUAAAAAAAUGGAACAUAAGAAAGAGCUCAAUUAUCGAUCGCAAAAAGAUGUGGAAGAAGAUGCAUACGUUAAUCCGGCAUUCCAGAAAAUUCUACAAACUAUCGAAGAGAUCAUGACUAGGGGAACCAACACCGAUCUGAAUAUAUCCAGGACUGUGACUAUUGACGAAUCGGUGCAGUUUCCAGUCGAAGUCGAUUUUCCAACAGAGCAAGAAAUUAUGCAGAUCUUGGAUUCGCCAUCUGAAGUAGUCAACGAGACGUCUAACGCUCCUUCACAAGAACAUCAUCCAGGAGGAACAGAGAAGAUCCUGGAGAACGAACAGCCUCCUAGUAUACUGGAUGAAAUACAGGUCCAAGACCAGUCUGACUGCGAGGCCAACAGUGUGAGCGAAAAAACUGACCGAAUGGAGAAGUCCGCAUCUCGAGUACCCUCCAAACGAUUCCUGGACAAGGAAAUGCCGCAUGAGGAGAUCAAACAGCUACACGUGUACCUUCUGGAUAUGAUAUCGCAGGUCGACUGUCUCAAAGACACAAUUUCCCAGAUGAAAGCGGAUCAGGAGAGGACGGAAACCGAUCUGAAAUCGAAAGACGAGAGCAUCGAUAAACUGGCGAAGGAAAUUGAGGCGCUCAGGGAGUUGCGGUCUUUGUCGUCGAAUCAGGUCCCAUCGGACUUGGAAUUGGCCGAGAAGGAUAGUGCGUCUGUUGAAUCUUACGAAAUCCUGCAAAAAACUACACAGCAGAACAUCAAGAAAAUAGCUGGAAAAAUGAAACAUCUGAGGGAGACCAAAUCGAAAUCGUCAAUUUCCAGUCAGACAGAAAAAAAGCAAUCCAGAGGUUCGUCCAGGAGCAGCAAACCGGAAAAAAGAAAACCGUCGGAUAAAAGUAAUAAAAAGGGAAAUAGAAAAGCCCAGGAAAAAGUGAUCGGCAUUGGAAACGGUGAUGUUGUAGAUGUACCAUUUUACAGAUGCGGUUUACCAGCCUGUUCUGCCAUUAAGUCAGCCAGAACCGAAUACGAUGAAUUAGAUUGACGUCGUCCGCUUUUGUGUCCAAUGUGUUAUGUUGAGAAAGUAAAUUUUUUGAGUUGUUUGA